AUGAUAGAGGAGAAACCACUGGAGACCGUGGACGACUGGACGAACUUCCAACUCAAGCGGGCAGAGUAUCAGUCAUUGAUUGACCAUCUGUCCGAGUACGGCUCCACGCAGACGCGAGAUAACGCGUUCCAACCACACCACAGCCUUCACCGACCCCCAUCUCCAUCUGGCGUCACGCUCUCCGCCCUCCUCGCUUCCGGGAUUACGAUCAUCGACCUCGACCACACCCUUCCGCUGCUACGCCGUGCCGCCAAUGUCGUUCGCGGAGUCGCGGCCAAGGGCGGUAGCGUCGUGUUUCUGGGCACACGGCCGGACUUGCGACCCGUCGUCCGCGCGGCGGUCGAGCGCAUGGGCUCGCAGUCUUACCAUGUCGGGGAAAAGUGGUUGCCAGGGACCUUGACGAACAAGCUCGUCGUCUUCGGAGCCGACGUUAGAAUGUGCGAUUGA